UCGAUUUCCACUUCCGUUGCGAAAGAAAGAAUCUACGCCCAUCCGAUCGCUUGCGACAGGCUUGCGCUCCAGACGAAGGGGAAAAUGGCUUCUAAUCAGUUCGACUCCCAGGCCUCGACCAACUACAAGGAGGCAUUUGCCCUGUUCGACAAGCGCGGCAACGGCCGCUGCGCCAUCGACUCGCUCGGCGAUCUGCUGCGAGCCUGCGGCCAGAACCCCACGCUGGCCGAGAUCCAGGAGCUGGAAAAGGGCCUUGGAAGUGAAUUUGACUUCGAGACGUUCCAGCGCAUCCUGAACCGACCGGGCGGGUUCCGCGACCCUGGCGAGCCUGAGGAAUAUUGCCGUGGCUUCCAGGUGUUUGAUAAGGAUAUGACGGGCUUUAUCGGCGUUGGCCAGCUCAAGUACAUCCUGACCAACCUGGGCGAGAAGAUGACGGAGGAGGAGGUCGACGAGCUGCUCAAGGCUGUGGACACCAGCUCUGGCCAGAUCAACUACACGGACCUUGUCCGAACGAUCCUCGCCAACUAAGAAGUUGUUCAGGCCGGUGGCAUCUUCUUGCGUCUGCGAAUGGGAUGAUGGCGUUGCUAUGUGUUUGUUUUGUUUAUGGCAGUGAAUUGGGCACGCUCUGGGAUUGACGAUAACUUUGAUUUUUGUUAUGGAUGGCUGUGGACAUAUCAUGUUGCCAUGGUUUAGGUAUAUGAAUA